ACGCUCCUCAGUGACAUCACCAGCUCUGAAAGAAGCGCAUGAGGGAGAUGGGAGGCACCCCACUUAUUAGAUUUCAUCGGAAGGUCCUGUUCGCAGAAGAAGAUGCUGCUACGCCUCUGAUAAGAAACGCGAGGAUGUGCGCCAUCGGAGCAGCUGGAUCGAGCCAUCCCAGUGAACUUGUGCAGCACCAAGGACCAAAACCAACACACCACUGAGACGAUCGGGGCUACGCUGCUCAGCGGGGAUGAUUUAAUAGGAAAGAAAUCGUUUUGGUAACACAUCUGGCUCAGUGCGCAGGGCUGGAGAGCUUAGAACUCAUUUUUUCUUCCAUUGACUGAAAACAUAUCGAAGCAACCUCAUUUAUAAGUUUAAAAAAGUUUAUUUUUUAGCUGAAUCAAUGUAGAUAUUUCUGUUUAUUUUUAUUUUUGUUGUGAAUGAAUAAAUUAUGCGAUGAACGCGCGUCCCCAAACGAGGACGCACGGACUGCGCGAGUCGCCAAUUUCCCCUGAUCCAGUCUGUUACGUUUAAGCUGGUUUCUACACCAAUCAGACGGGUUUAAAUUAAAGUGUCACGCUUAACCCACGUAUCUGAGGCAGAGGAAGCGUUUCAUUUAUUUUUUUACUCUUUUUAUAACUCCAAGGGCUGAGCCGCCGCGCUUAAAUCGGCACCAUCUUAUUUUGUUUGUAUUUUUAAUGGGGAGAAAGCGGCUCUACAAAGUGGGGUGAAAAAUAUUGGUACUUAAGUUCGGACCCGUAGCUCCGGACUGGAAAAUGGACUUAUUGGAGAAGCUGCAGCGGGGGGUCCAGGGAUUCUGUUUGGAAACGCAGUGACAGACCACACCAACUGAGAGAAAUAAUCCGAGCAUGGCCUCAGCUCUGGACGGUGGCUGCUCUAUGACGCAGAGCGGCUGGAACGUCAGCGCAGGCGGAUCCGGACCCUCCGUGCCCUGCAACCAGAGCGUCCGAGCGCUCGCCCCCUACUCCCCUGAAGCCACGGCGGCCUUUGCCACCGCCAUAACCCUGAUGAUCGUCUUCACCAUCGUUGGAAACAUCAUGGUCAUCAUCGCCGUCCUGACCAGUCGGUCCCUCCGGGGUCCGCAGAACUUGUUCCUGGUGUCGCUGGCUGCUGCAGACAUUUUAGUGGCCACUCUCAUCAUCCCCUUCUCUCUGGCCAAUGAGCUGCUCGGCUACUGGUACUUCAGGUCUCUGUGGUGUGAGAUCUACCUGGCCCUUGAUGUGCUCUUCUGCACCUCCUCCAUUGUGCACCUGUGCGCUAUUUCACUGGACCGCUAUCUGUCCAUCUCCAGGGUCACUUAUGGGCGCCAGCGGACUCCCAGACGCAUCAAAGCUGCUAUAGUGGUGGUGUGGCUGAUCUCUGCCAUCAUCUCCUUCCCUCCUCUGCUCUCACUUAACAAGAGUGAGGGGGAUGACCCUGGGAACAGGGGGCCUCAGUGCCAGCUGAAUGAUGAGCGCUGGUACAUCUUAUACUCCACCAUAGGCUCCUUCUUUGCCCCGUGCCUCAUUAUGAUCCUGGUCUAUCUAAGAAUUUAUCAAAUAGCCAAGCAGAGAACACGCUGCCCACCAGGAGAGCCUAGGAAGGAUGGGGUCGGCUGUGCGACACCCAGUCAGCCCCCACGACACAUGCAAGCCAACGGGAAGGAUGAUGAAGAGAGCACCCCUCCCUCAUCCAACAAAACCUCAAACGCCAGACCUCCCACCCUAGCCAUCACCCCGUCCCCUUCCCCAGGAGACUCUCAAAACUCCCCAAACCCCACCACCAAUAACCUCCUCCAGCCUCCAUCUCCGGCCGUGUCUCCUGUUACGUCUCUUGACACCUCCCCUCACGGCCCUUCAAGCCCUUCCUCUGCGCCCGAACCCAAAGCUAAAGGAAAGGCCAAGAAGGGCAAGAAAGGAAAAAGCAAAAAGGCAGACAACAACAACGGAGACAGCUCGAGCACAGAUAGUGAUCUGGAGCACAGCCAGGGAGGGGGGCGUGGCAGUGCCAGCAUGCCAGGGUCACCUGCUGGAGGGGGCAUCAACUCUCCAGCUUCAGUCAAGCGCUACCGUGACAUGAUCGCCACCUCCAAGGGGGCGCGGCUAAUGCCAGGGAGGAAGUCAAAAACAGAGAGCAACCCAGGAGCUGCGCGGCGCAAAGCCAUGGUCAACAGAGAGAAGCGCUUCACCUUCGUCCUGGCGGUGGUCAUAGGCGUCUUUGUGGUGUGCUGGUUCCCAUUCUUCUUCUCCUACUCCCUACAAGCAGUGUGCCCAGAGACCUGCGUCAUCCCAGAGCCGCUCUUUACAUUCUUCUUCUGGAUUGGCUACUGCAACUCCUGUCUCAAUCCAGUCAUUUACACCAUCUUCAACAAAGACUUCAGAAAGGCUUUCAAAAAGAUAUUGUGCAAAAGCACCAAGGGUACUUUCUUUUAGGACGUGACUGUGUCGCGUGAAGCACAGACACACAAAAAACUAUUCUUCUGAGGCACAAAAGAACAAUAGUUCCUAUUUUUCAAAGCACUAAAAGGGCUGUUUAAGAAACAUGCUGAACUUUGCAGAUUCCGGUGUAAAAUUCAAAUGCUUUUUUUCAGCCGUAACGUGCAGCUCGGACUGUGUAAGCGCCGCUCGCAGCUGACAAACACACACUUUUAUAGUGUGUGAGACGGAAAAGAAAAGACGUGAAAAAGCGAUCUGGCUGCAUUAAACUGCUCAGCACUUCAGGAUUGCUGAUAAGAUUUUGAAUGCAACGUUUUGUCUGCAGAUCAGAUUGUGUCGUGAAGCGAGGCUGAGGCACUAAAUGUUGCAGCGUCGGAUGGAACGUGCACGCAACUCCGAAAAUCUACCAACAAGCAGGAAGAAUAAACACUUUGAUUUCAGUUCUCAGUGCAAAUAAAGACCUUUUAAUAUAUACGUUUUAUAAGUACUUCAGAAGUAAUGAAUUUAGGAGGCAAGUGACCUUAGAUUCCCGUGAGCCUGAGGCCUUUUAUUUAUCAGCACAGAGCACAAGGAGGACACAAGGUUAGCUGUGAUUUCUUACGUCGGCAGUCUUAAUUUGUCCGGCCGCAGGGCAAACAUGUGUUACUUGAUUUUGAGGAGCAACAACAAGGGAAGGUUUCAAACGAUCUCAGAUGUGAUAGCACAAACAAGGCCACCCUCUCAGGCGGAACUUGUGAAUUUUCAUGCGGAAAAGCCACCUUGCUCGCGGCUUUGCAGGACUCAAAAAUGGACACGCGUCCAGGCUUCCACCUUUCCUGCCCUGCAGGGUGAAAUAAAAGUGGUCAUUUUGGACUCAGAGGGAAAAAUCAAAUGUAUGUUGCUGAAAAGUGGAAAUAAGAUGGCGCGACAUCCAUCGUCAUCUCGUUGUUACCUGUGUUUGACUGGAAUCAGGUUGAUGGACUGACAGAGUGAGGAACUCAGCCUCUGGACAUUUAAGUAACAAUCAAAGCAGCUUUGAUCCUCUUGAACGUUCCUCAGAGAUUUUUCCAAGUGGGAGGUGUGUUUGUCGAAGACUGGAGAUAAAAAAAAUAACAGAUUCCUAUUUAAACUUUAUUUUCCUGCUUCCUGACAAGCAGCCGUAUUUACCAGGUUGACAUUUACAGUGACUGUAAAGGACAGAUGCAUAAUGCAAUUAUGCAUGUGUGAUGUUCCCCUUAAUUACACCCUUCUUUUGUUGUUAUUCUGAGAACCAUGUGGCUGAGUGGCUCUUUAGCAGCACCUCGGGCGCGUUGUUGCCUGCAGUGGACCUCGGUGUUGGCACUUUCAGGUUGUUAGUGGGAGGCAAGAAAAGAUGGAUGGAGAAAUUAUUGGCAGUGAUGAGAAAGAAGAAGAGAAAAUGUGUUUAGAUGUGAGCGCAACGCAGGCUUAUUGACUUUUUGGGACAAGGGCUGUCAGCAGCAACACACCAAUUUCUUAAUUGUCUAAUUCUGCUGACCUGUAUGAAUGUGUGUGCACGUAUGUGCGUGUGUGUGUGUGUGCGUGUGUGUGUGCGUGCGUGCGUGUGUGCAUGUGUGUGGGUGUGUGUGCAUGCGUGUGUGUGUGUGUGUGUGUGUGUGUGAGUUUGUGUGUGUGCGUAUGUGCAUGUGUGCAUGCAUACAUGUGUGUGUGUGAGUUUGUGUGUGUGCGUAUGUGCAUGUGUGCAUGCAUACAUGUGUGUGUGUGAGUUUGUGUGUGUGCGUAUGUGCAUGUGUGCAUGCAUACAUGUGUGUGUGUGAGUUUGUGUGUGUGCGUAUGUGCAUGUGUGCAUGCAUACAUGUGUGUGUGUGAGUUUGUGUGUGUGCGUGUGUGCGUGUGUGCAUGCACGCGUGUGUGCAUGUGUGUGUGUGUGCAUGUGUGUGCGUGCGUGCGUGUGUGCAUGUGUGUGGGUGUGUGUGCAUGCGUGUGUGUGUGUGUGUGUGUGUGUGUGUGUGAGUUUGUGUGUGUGUGCGUAUGUGCAUGCGUGCAUGUGUACAUGCAUGCAUACAUGUGUGUGAGUUUGUGUGUGUGCAUGCAUGCGUUUGUGUGUGUGCGUGUGUGUGUGUGUGAGUUUGUGUGUGUGCGUAUGUGCAUGUGUGCAUGCAUGCAUACAUGUGUGAGUUUGUGUGUGUGCGUGCAUGCAUGCGUUUGUGUGUGUGUGUGUGUGUGUGCGUGCGUGCAUGCGUGUGUGUGUGCGUGUGUGUGUGUGUGUGUGUGUGUGUGUGUGUGUGUGUGUGUGUGUGUGUGUGUGUGUGUGUGUGUGCAUGCAUGUGUCUGUGUGUGUGUUUAUUAUUUUUUCCUGUAGAAAGAGUCAUUGCCUCCUCUGGCUGCUGCCACCUACAGGUCUACUGUAAAAUUGACGUACAGGCACAGAUCAUCAGCAUACGGAGACAGAAAGUCUGCGUUUAUCCGUCUUAUUAUCCAAGUGCAUGGCUUCUUAGUGACCAUCCUCAAGGGACCAAAGAGCCUCGUAGAACGAAUCAAGCACACCGAUCAAAGAGGUGGAACACUGUACAGGUUUGUCAUUCCAGAGGAAAACCGGCUUCGCCAUCAAUUUCAUGCUUCAUGAGCCCAACGCCUGUUUGGAGUUCGUGUCAGAAUCCAGAAAAAAAUAACGCGCAUAAAGCAAAGCCUGAAAUGCAAAUGUUGUCAUUGUUUCAUUUAGUUAUAGUGGCAUCAAAUGUUUCAUCAGAGACAAAAAGCACAUUCAUGUAUGAAUCCUGUUAUCUGCAGGGGGGAAAUCUCUGCUCCCCCCACCACUGCUACUGUUGUCAAACUGUACUCGGAGCAGUAAUCGAGCAUGGAAAUGUCAAUGGUUUGCUAGACAUUAAAGCUGCAAUCCAUAUCACACAGAGCUGCUGGGAGAUUCACACAACUGAUUAAAUCAAACAGGAGCUUCAUGCACUUGUUUAAUUCUUCUCGCCAGUCGUUUAAAUCUGUUAUGUCCUCUCCCUGAAAUGCAAACUACUUUAGCUACAAAAAUACAGCCACGGUAAACCACCGAGGUCAUUUUAAUGCCUGGCUCCAGUUAAUAUAAGUUGCAAAGUUACUUCAAUUAACCAGCUGCAGUCUAACGCAGUGAAACAGCUGCUUUGUUUACUUGUUAAAAAGUUAAAUCGAAAGCUUAAAGGUGACAAAUGCAUUGAUCCGCCCCUCGAUCACCACCCUUUCCCCAGAAACUCUCUAUAUUGUCUCUUCCCCAACUGUGUUUGGACCAAAGCUGCUUGGUCUAAGCUUCACAAUCUUCCAUCUGUCAUCAGCCCCCUCUCAGUUUGGAAAUAAAGCAACUUGAAAAAGCCUGA